UUUCGAUUUAGUUUUACAUUCUAUCCUAUCUUUUCUUAUAUAUUACAGACGUUACUUCAAAAAAGAAUAAUUAUAUGUCCAACGCAUUUCGUGUGUCAAUCUAUAAUAGGCCUAAUAGUCAUGCAUGUUAAUCAAAAUAAGUCGUAGCUUAGAAAAAGAAAAGAAAACAAUCUUACGUUAUACUAACUAUAAAAAAUUUUAAGUGAGAUUUUUACCACGAAGUGUCUGCUUAUACCAAACGGGGCAAAUCAUUAUCAGAAAGAAAUGAGUAGCAUAAAGAUAAUAGAUGAGUCUUACAAACAUCCAUUGUUGGAACUUCAACAAAUCGCCUCAGAAAAUGAAUUGGCGUUUGAUCAUCUUAAGUUUGCCAGAUUGAUGGAUGAAAAGGACCCACUUCGUCAUCUGCGCAAUGAAUUUCAUUAUCCUAAGAUGUCAGAAAUUCUUCAUACUGACCCUGAUCUGGUUGAUGCCCAAGAAGACUGUAUUUACUUUUGUGGAAACUCCCUGGGUCUCUGUCCUAAGAAAACUAAGGAGUAUAUGGAUGUUGAGCUAGAUAAAUGGGCCAAGCGUGGGGUCCAAGGACACACCACUGGAGAACUUCCUUGGGCUUGGUGUGAUGAAGUCUUAGAGGCAGACAUGGCAAAGAUUGUUGGAUGUACCCAAGAAGAAGUGUCUAUCAUGAAUGGCUUGACUGUCAACCUUCAUCUUCUUCUGAUCUCUUUCUAUCGGCCAUCAAAAGACCGGUACAAAAUUCUUUGUGAGGACAAAGCCUUUCCUUCAGAUCAUUAUACUUUUGAAAGUCAGGCCAGACUUCAUGGAUUCAAUCCACAGGAUGUGAUGAUUUGUCUUAAACCAAGAGAGGGGGAGUUCAUUCUAAGGCUAGAGGAUAUACUGGACGUGAUAGAGAAGAAGGGAGAGGAAAUAGCAGUAGUCUGCUUCUCUGGUGUCCAAUACUACACUGGUCAGCUGUUUGAUAUACCCACUAUAACGAAAGCAGGUCAGGCCAAGGGUUGUUACGUAGGCUGGGACUUGGCCCAUGCUGUUGGUAAUGUCCCUCUACACUUGCAUGACUGGCAGGUGGACUUUGCUUGUUGGUGCACUUAUAAAUACUUGAAUGCUGGUGCUGGCUGUCUGGCUGGGCUGUUUCUACAUGAAAAGCACAGACUGCAUGACUUUCCCAGGCUGAUGGGCUGGUGGGGCCAUAACCUUACAACUAGAUUCAAGAUGGACAAUAACAUGGAAGUCUAUCCUGGAGCUAGAGGCUAUAGGCUGAGUAACACGCCAGGUUUGCUGUGUCCAUCUUUAAAAGCUAGUCUAGAGGUUUUUAAUAAGACAAGCUUAGAACAGUUACGCCAAAAGUCAUUGCUGCUGACUGCAUACCUUGAGCAUCUCAUCAAAGAGUCCUACCAAAGGCCAGAGGGCAAGUCACCAAAAGAAGACAGCGAGGCCAUCUAUAUUGACAUUUUUACCCCGUCAGACCCUCGCCAGAGAGGGGCACAACUGUCGCUGGCUUUCAACGUGUGCAUAGAGCAACUAUUUAAAGAGCUGGAGAAGAGAGGAGUUAUUUGUGACAAGAGACUGCCCAGAGUUAUACGUAUCACCCCUGUCCCUAUGUACUGCAGCUUUGAAGAUGUCCACCGCUUCAUGGGUUGCCUGAAAGAUGCCUUGAUUGCUGCCAAGAGCUCACUGUCACAUGUUGAUGUCACUAAAGUGUAACAGGGGAUGUCCAAGUGCAGCCAGGAACUUGUGCUUUAAACUUGUUUUAUACCUCAAGAUAUUCAAACAGUUGUGAUAAAACUUAUGAGCUUUACAUACAAUUUGAUUUUGGUGUUAGACUUUCACUUACAUUGUUUCAACCUGUAGUAAGGAAUUAUAGAAACUGUAUAGUUUAUUUUAAUGAACAGGACUUUAUAAUGAAUAUUGUUGUUUUUUUUCUGAUCAUUUAGUGUUGUGAUAUUUGCAUUUUUUUGCAAACUGCACAGACUGUUGUAAGUCAUUAAAACUUUUGAGGAAACAUUGGUCAUUUAUUGAUACAAGAAUGAAGUGUCUUGCAUUGGUCUGUGUUGUCUAAAUAUAAAUGUUACUCAAUCAAGUGAUAUGCUUAAUAGAUUGAAAUACAUUAGAUAGCUAAUUAGUUUUGCAUUACAAGUCUCAAUAGCUCUAGAGAUCUCAGUUCCAUCUGAGUGGUACAAGUUGAUGUAAUGUAUGAUAUUCUAGUCUAUUCCAGAAAUGUGAUGUUACUUUAGCAUAACAUUUUGUUCUGUUUUUGUCUGCUGCUGCUGUAGUGUGACUCUUUGAAUUAUUCUUUAAGGCAGGACAUUAUGCAUGUUAUAAUUAUGUAUGUGUGUGUGUCCUAUCUAGUCAUUGCAAGCAUGAUUUUAAAAUAUAUUGUUACGUUUCAUCGUAAUCUUGAACAUAAAAGAUCUUUAACUGUUGGCUUCCAUAGCUUCUUUGGAUAAAUGCGCAUGUAUACUGUUGUAAACCUCUGGACUUAUAUAGUGUUAAUGUUUGUCUCCUGGUGAUCAGAGAUGUUGUUUCAAAUGUAUAUGUAAUUUAUAAUAUUCAGUUGUUUUUUUUUUUCAAUAUUCAAGAUCUGUAUCUUCAUUGACACAUUUGAUAUAUAGCAAUUACAGUUAUAAUUAUUACUUCUAUUUUUUUUUUCUAUUUUUUAAUACAUUAGAAAAGGGACACUUUCACAAAUAGAGUAGACACUGCGCCACUGACCUAACCUUGAACAUUGCUUACAGAAAUUGCAAAUAGAUUCUGUGUCUUGCAAUAUCUAGGGUAGACCUGUCUCUUGAAAUACUAUAUGACAAAAAGUGAACACACUAAGUUCCUUUAAUGUAUUCUUUUUUAUGAUUAAUAAUACUAGUCUGGUUUAACAAGAGUUAUUUCAUAUCAAUGCACAAUUGAUAUUCAAACAUAACUAUUCCUGUUAGACUUAUUUUAUCAAAGCAUGUGUUGAAUUGUGGGUUUAUUAGAAUAAGUUUAAGGACUCCACUAAAAUAUAAUUUUUACAUAUAUAAAUAUAUAUAUAUAUAUAUAUUCUACUCAAAGUUGACAAUUUUAAAGCUGCCUUUAAACUACCCACUCCACAGCAAAUAAAUAUAUAAUUACUUAAUGUUUGGUCUGUGUAACCCUUAAGAUGUUAUAUCCAGAACAUUCAAUAGGUUUGAAGUUAAAAAUGUUCAUAAGUGGUUACUUGAUGGAGAUGCUCAAAAUGAUCAUUUAUUGAAUUAUAUUAUGUUGUACGUAAUCAAAAUGUUCCAGCAUUACGUUUUGUUAAUCAUUUCUUUAUGUCCUUACUUAAAAUAAUCAUCCCACUAUAUGAUAGCUAGAAAUAUUUUUUCAAGGAUAUAUUCAUUAAAUGAUAAAAAACAAUUAGAAAGGUAUAUGCCCUGCUGCUUGUCUGUUCAGCUUGACAGAGAGUCUGUUAACUUUUACUUUAUUACUUAGCCAAAUAUGUAUUACUUAAUGUUAGCAGACUUUGAGAUUUAUUUAAUUUGGUUCAAAAAUGUCCAGUCAUUAGGCUGGCCUUAUUGCACCCUUGUUGUUACUAGUAGAGUAAACUACCCCUUUCAGACUUUUCAAUCUAUAGGACAAAUGAUAUAAAGGUUUCUAUGACCAACAGUAAAUGAGGGUGUUAUGUGGCCAGCACAAUGACCAACUGCCUUUACUUUUCCCCAAUGGUAACAAUUAGAGUUUAUGCUCAGAGACAUCCUAAAAAAAAAUUGAAAAUCAAAAUCUCAGUCUUCACCAAGAUUCGAAUGCGAAACCUCUCAGUUUGAAAGCCAAGCACUUUACCUCUCAGCCACCAUGCCCAUUGUUAUUACUAGAAUUGCCUUAAAAACUUACCUCCUGAUGUCAAACAAUAUUUUGGUUGUGAUUGGGAAAUGUUUGCUUUUCAGUGAACUUUGGUCUCUUGUGUCGUCUGUUCCAAGUAAUAUUUCAUUUCCAAUAAUCUACACCAUUUCUCCCCAACUUGAACCUAUUCAUUUCCCUAAUUUGAAGCUACAUGACUGCUGCAUCACAUUUCUCCACUUUGUAAAUUAUUAUCUCUUUUAAUAUUUUACUCAAUGAUAUUAAAAACCUUAUAACUGAAAUAUUUUUUACAACUCAAAAUAUUUAAAACUUGCUAAAUAUUUAAAUCUUGCUUUAUUGAUCUUAUCUUUCUUUAUAAUUUAAGAAUACAACAUCAAAAGAGAGGGAUACUUCCUUCACAAGUCACUGCAUUUUUGCAAUUUCUCUAAUCAGGUUUGACAUUCGUGGACAAAAACAGAUGGGUGGACAAGGUUCUCAAAAAUAGCUGUAACAUUUGUCCUAAAAAUGUAAGUUCUUUGGGAAAAAAAUUACUAUCUAUUUGGGCGUACUGGAAAAAACUCUAGUAUGACUUUUAUAAUUUUUCAAAGUAUAAAAAAAAAAAAAUGUGUCAAUUGGACUUGAAAAUCUUUACCUUGAACAGAUUACGUUUUCGGAUAUUUCCACUUGUAACACCUAUUCAUUAGAAUUUGAUAAACUAAUGUUCAGGAAUGUUUUAGGGCACUGUCUUCUAAGUCAAGAUCUAACUAUUGCUCUAUUAUAUGUAAAAAGGAGAAAUUGUCUUUUUUAAAACUAAUUUUGUAUAUUUUUCUUGUUAAGUCAUAUAUUCAGAGAACUAUUUAGUAAUAUAUAUGAUUUUAGUAAACACAUUGGCACACUUAUAUACAUCUUAAAGUCAUAUUUAGAGAACUAUUUGGUUGAAAAAUUUAUAAAAUAAAAUAAUAAAUAGUCUGCAGUUAUUGGUACAUUAGUAAAUGUGAAGGGAAAUAGUGGCAGCCUUUCUAAUGGUAAGAUAAAAACGAAUCCCUUUCUCUUGGUGAACUGUAGCUGCUGUAGGCACUUUUUGCCACAUUUAGCAUCAACUUGGAAGAAAUAUGUUUAACCUUGAUUAGCUUUACUGCACACUUUCAUCAUGUUGCUUGAAAUGAAAAUUAAGUUUGUCAGAUUGUUUCUUAACCUACAGUUGGGCUGACAUAAAGAUUUAGUUUCAUUACUUUGUAUAAUCUUUAGGAGCUAUGAAUUAAUGUAUUCUCAAAACGUGUGUUGUUUUUACAAAGUUUAUAUCAAAUCACUCUGUCAGUCUGUUUGGCCAAAAGUUUGUUCACGAUAUUUUUUUCCAACACCCUGUCUCAGAUCAAGCUGAAAUUUUUGCACAAUUAUUUCUCUAACCUUACAACACAAGAAUCAAUAACAAAACAUUAACCAAUUAGUUAAUUAACUAUUCCAAUUAGUUAAUUAACUAUUGGUAAUAAAUUACUUUGUUUGGUAUCGCAAGCAAGGGAAAGAAAUAGUACUGACUGAAGUGGUGGUAUAAGUUGAAUUAGUCCCCUUUACAGAUUGUCGUCUGAGGCUUAUUUUCAAAUUUAAUUACAUGACUGAUCCAAACUAAUUGAUACACUUAAUAUAAGCUUUGUUUCUCAAAAAAAAAAGUAUUUAUUUGUAUUUUGCUUGUUUGGCAUAGUGUGUUUGUGGUUAGUGUUCAAAUAUGUGUGCUCUUAAAGCUAAGCUUUCAGUGUGAUCUAAGUAAAAUUAGUUGCCAUAUAAACUUAGCUCAUUACUCUUGGAGUCUGAUCCUAUAUCCUUGUUGUUGUUUUCUUUUAUAGGCGAUAGAGCACAAAUGUGAAUACUUAUGUUAUUGUAGUGUUGCUAAAUUGUUUCAAUGUCAUUGGUUUGGUCACACGAUCCCAUAGGUCACAUGUGCGUACAAUCAAAUGUAUGAAUUGUUGUUGUUGUUUUUAUCAUGUAUCUAUGAAAUAAAAUGCUUAAUCCUAACUAUAAAAAAAUAAUUAUUGUAUUGCCUAUAAGCCAUUUGUAAAUGUUGACUCCACAUAAAGCCCUUCAGUUACAGGUCUUCUUUAAUAUGCUUCUGUGCUUAAAAUUUUUUUUUUCUAACGUAAUAUGAUGAUCUUGAUUGUUUAAGCUAUGAAAGUUAAUUGCUCAAUUUGUUACAUUUUUUUUUAAUGCGUGAAAUGAUGAGUUGUUGUUUGAGGCAAGGUGAAGGACGUCCUAAUUUGUCACCUGCAAGACAUUUAGACCAGGACGCUAUAUUCUUUUGUUUUCUGAUGGAACUAAUGAGCUAUAACUCCUGAGGCAUGUUACAGAGUAUUAGAACAGAGUUGUCUGUCAUGUGUCACCGUUAAAAGCAUUACGAAAAUGUUAUUGUGAUCAUAACCAAUGUUACAUUAUUAUAACAUGUUAAAGAGAAUGAAUACAUAUAUAAAUCAA